CAUAAAAACAAAGAUGGCAGCCCCCAUGAAGAAAACUGUUGAACUUUUUUAUGAUGUAGUUUCACCCUAUACGUGGAUUGGAUUUGAAGUGCUAUGUCGAUACAGAACAAAAUGGCCAAACAUGGACCUGCAGCUUAAACCAUUCUUCCUUGGAGGAGUAAUGAAGGAAUCAGGAAACAAACCCCCAGCCAUGGUUCCAAACAAAGGUGUUUAUAUGAUAAAGGACAUACAGAGAUUGGGGAAAUACUAUGGAAUUCCUCUGAACCAACCUAAGGACUUUGGCAGCGUGAUGUUUGGGACUCUUCCAGUCCAGAGGUUUCUAACAGCUGUGGACAUGGCCCAUCCCGAGUACACUGAGGAACUCUCUCGGCAAUUCUGGUUCCGAAUUUGGAAAAAUGAUGAACCAGUCACUGACCCCCAGCAUUAUGCAGAGGCUGCCAAAAAAGCAGGACUAUGUGAUGAUGCAAUAGCAACAGCACUUAAAAGAAUGAAGGACCAAGAUGUGAAGGACAGACUAGCUCAGUACACAAAACAGGCCCUGGAUGAAGGGGCCUUUGGCAGUCCAUGGAUUGUGGCUCACAUAAAUGGGAAGAAAGAAUCUAUAUUUGGAUCAGACAGAUUUCCAAUAUUAGCAAUGUUAUUAGAAGAAGAAUGGCAUGGCCCAUUAAAGGAAUUAUCGAAGCUGUAAUUAAGCAAGGCAUAUGCUUUGGAAAAUUCUUUGAGGUCAAACUAAGCGGUGGCAGCAAAGUCAUAAAUGGCAGGAAUUAUGAGUUGUGUGUAACUACAUACAUGUAUGCUGUUACAAUGUACCAUAAACCAAUAAUAAUCCUAGUGAAAGAAGUAAUUGGUGUGAUUGAAUCUGUGAUACAUUAUUUUGUAAUUACUUUAUACGUGUACUAUGUUUUGCCGAUAAUAAAAGUGAAAUUGAU